AUGGAUCAACCAACGGUACUUGGUUUUCAGUUUGAACCAGAAUUUCAGGAUGAUGAAGAACAUUCUGAACCUGAAGAAUAUUCUGAUAUUUCUUUGGAUGAUGCGAACUUGCGAGCUAUUACAGCGGAGGGAGAUAGGAAAGCUGGGGUUGAUGGUUGGUGUACUUGUGGGCACUGCGUCGUAUUGGAUACGGAAAGAGAAUGUAUCACUGAGCACGAUAGCUUUUCAAACGUGAUGCUGGACAGGGGUGUUCUGUGGACUGCUUUGGUAUCGUUAUAUGACAGGGAAAAUGCAUCGUUACCAUAUGAUAGGGAUAACGUACCUAGCCAAUCAUAUCGCUACGCAUCGUACAGACAGUUUAGUUGGUUCAUCCAUACUAGGUUGGGACGAGGUGUGCGGAGAGUCAUUCCUGCUUGUGUCGUUGCUAAAAUAAGAACAGCCUUCCCUUCUGAAAGUGGUAAUUACACUGGGUUUAGAGAGAGAGGAACGAAUGUUCAUAAGGAUUGA